AAGCUCUGUAAGCAAGCUGUAAAGUAAACCUUUCCACCACCAGCGUCAAGCGUUCUUCGUCGUCGUGAUUAUCUGGUGAGACCAUAUAUCUACCCAAAUCGAAGAUCAAACCCUGAUUAGCCGAUCAUGACGCUGAAUUUGAGAUCCGUAAUUGCCCAGGCACAUCGAAGUUGGAGAUCGGUUGCGCCUCGCUGCAACUUCUCGUCAUCUACUCGUGAGUCAAAAAACGGACAAGGAAAAAGAGCUGUGUGUACUAUCUUCAUAAUUCGAGGUCUAGCAAUGGGUGUGGGAUAUGUCAUAGGGGAGGUUUAUUGGCACGAUUGGGUCCAAGAGAACCAGAGGAAGUAUGAUGAAAACAUUGAAUACUUUGAACGUUCCGAGAAGAUGUGGGCUCAGUUUGCGGCGGAAGAUCGACUGAGGUCACGAGCUGCUCUAAUGUCUGAUCGAAAGUACUAAACUAUCUCUCCAAGAUGUUUGUAUAGAAUAAGGAAUAAACUAUCUGUAACUUGCCUCUAGAAGAGGAAAUGUUUUUGGUCAGGAAUUGAGCCGUCUUUGGGAUUAUUCCACCUGUGGCUUCUAAAGCAAUUGCUGGUCCAAACCAAAUAGAUUUUUUUUUCA